AUGAAGGAUAGUAAUCAGCGCCAAAUCGACAGGCUGGAGGGACUCCCCGACGAACUAGAGGAACGACCAGCGACCCGAAGAAGGAGGAGGACCGGCUCUGACUGGUGCCUUGUUUCCUGGAGUCAUCCUACCGUGACGCUAAGACAUAGUCACUAUUCACUGGGGCACGCCUCUGCCCCGUUUAUUUUUUUCUUCUCUGCUUCUUCUGGCCUUCCGUGGUCAGAUAAUCUCUGGUAA